AUGGGAGACCAAGGUGACCUUGGAUCGAGUGGUGAACGAGGCAGGCCGGGUCAAGUUGGUAAAAAAGGAUCACAGGGGCUAGAAGGAUUGCCUGGUGACGCGGGAUCACCAGGUGAAGUUGGCGUGCCAGGAAUAAAGAGCGAAAUUGGAAAGAGCCACCAGGGAUAUCAGGGAGAACAGGGGCACAGGGGUCUGAGAGGACACAAAGGACAGAUUGGCGUAACCGGAGACAUUGGCCUGAAAGGUAAUAAUAACCUUUGA